AUGGCCAUGCACGGAAACAAGAGUUGUACGCGGAAUGAGUACCACGCAGGUGAUAUCUCUAUCGAUAACCCGUUCAUACGCAGCUACAACGACGGCAGCGUCGAGCGUUUCCUGCGCAGUCCAUUCGUGCCGGCAUCCUCGGAUCAUGGCAGCAACCGAGGGGUCGCUACGAGGGACGUCGUUGUCGACAAGGCCACUGGCGUGUCUGCGCGCCUGUUCCUACCGUCCCGCUCCGGCAGGACUCGGCUUCCCCUCGUCGUGUACAUCCACGGCGGCUCCUUCUGCACGGAGAGCGCCUUCUGCCGGACCUACCACCGCUACGCGACGUCCCUCGCCGCCAGCGCCGGGGCCCUUGUCAUGUCAGUAGAGUACCGGCUAGCCCCGGAGUUCCCCAUACCCGCGGCCUACGACGACGCGUGGUCCGCGCUCCAGUGGGCGGCCUCCUUCUCCGACCCGUGGCUCGCCGACUACGCCGACCCAGCGCGCACGUUCAUCGCCGGCGACAGCGCCGGGGGCAACAUCGUAUACCACACUGCGGUGCGCGCCAGCCACCAAAACAACUAUGACUUGAUGGACAUCGAGGGGCUGAUCAUGGUGCAACCCUACUUCUGGGGAACCGAGCGGCUGCCUUCCGAGCUCGUCUGGGAGGACGGCACCACGGCAUUCCCGCCGUACGCGGUGGACGCGCUCUGGCCGUUCGUGACCGCCGGCAAGGCAGGCAACGACGAUCCCCGGAUCGACCCUCCCAUCUCAGAGAUCGCGUCGCUGGCCUGCAGCCGCGUUUUUGUGGCCGUGGCCGGGAAUGACACCCUGCGAGACCGUGGGUGCCGGUUGGCAGACCGCAUGCGCGACAACUACUCCGUGCCGUGGAUGAUCGGUUGCCCCCGUGAGGUGACGGUGGUGGAAUCGGAGGGCGAGGAGCACGGCUUCCACCUCUACAGCCCGUUGCGUGCGAGUAGCAAGAUGCUCAUGCAGAGCAUAGUGCACUUCAUAAACAAGCCCACGUCGACGCCUGCUCCUAUGGUGCUGGGCAUGCCUACGAGGCCGUAUAAGGACGUAUUUGGGUAUGGGAUAGCCAUGAAAUCUUGGAACACCGUUACUCCUGCACCCUCUAGUACGCCACGUAAUAAUCAUUCCAUCAAAGUUGGAGGGGUAUAUGGUAAGAAAAGCUAUAGGUCGUCAUUCUUAGGCCGAAUGCAGCGUAGCAACACUAGUCAGAAGGAGACAUUAUCUGCAGCUGUUCCGUCGGUUUCUUUGUUCAAGAACCUCUUCUAG